UUCUCAGCUGAAUACUUUUCCUUUCCAGAUGUUCGUUCCAAACAGGACUAUGAUGAAAGCCAUGUGAUUACAGCCCACCGAGUGAAGAAGAGGGGGAAUGAAUAUCUUAUCCCGCAGUCUGUGGAUCUGGAGUGUGUGAAAUACUGUGUGGUGUAUGAUUACAACACCUGGUCCCUGAAGAUACACUUAAAAGAUGACAACAAUACAGACUCUGAUGAUUCUGGCCAAGAACUGGUGCCAGGAGCCGCCCUUGAAUGUGGCAGGAUCCUGACCCACCUUACCCGCCACCCCGUCUGGAUCCUGAAAGGGGGCUAUGAGCGUUUCUCGGCCAUGUAUCACUUCUUCCGGACCCAGAAGAUCAUCUGGAUGCCCCAGGAACUGGAUGCAUUUCAACCAUACCCCGUUGAAAUAAUUCCGGGCAGGGUCUUCCUGGGAAACUUCAUUCAAGCCUGUGACCCUAAAAUUCAGAAGGAUUUGAAAAUCAAAGCACAUGUCAAUGUCUCCAUGGAGGCGGGGCCCUUUUUUGUAGGGGACCCUGACAGGCUUCUGCACGUCCAGAUAGAAGAUUCCUCGGAAGCCAGGAUUUUCCCCUUUUUACGCCACAUCUGUCACUUCAUUGAAAUUCACCUUGAGCUUGACUCUGUCAUUUUGGUCUUUUCCACUCGGGGUAUCAGUCGCAGCUGUGCAGCCAUCGUGGCCUACCUCAUGCACCAGAAUGAGCAGACCUUGAAGAGGUCCUGGACCUAUGUCAAGAAGUGCAAGAACAACAUGUGUCCAAAUCGGGGCUUGGUGACUCAGCUGUCUGAAUGGGAGAAGACUAUCCUUGGAAAUUCCAUCACAGACAUCUUGGAUCUCUCCUACUGAUCUCUGCAGCCCAGUGAUGUGUGCUGAAGAACUCCACUUGGGGGCUUCUUGUGGGUAGAUGGCUAGAGUGUGUACCCAGGUUGUCUGGAAGGAGAAGGCCUUUGCUGCCUGAAGCUUG